CAAAAAUACGGCGGUCGACCGCCCUAAACCGGGCGGCCUACAUGGGCAGCCAUGGAGGACCUGGAUCCAGGACUCCAGGGCUAUUCAGACAGUGGUUCCGACUUUCACGACUUGCCGGAGCCAGAGCUCCCAAAGGGCCUGGGAAAGCGCUGCCUCAAGGCCUCCGUUGGUGCAGGUACCCUCAAGCGGCCGCAAGACGGACACGGUGUGGUGUUGCGAUGCAGGCCCUGUCCUGCUGAGUGGACGUCAUACUUGGACCCCCAAGGACUCUUGCGCUUCGACCUGGGGGACGGUGCCUGGCCUCAGUGGCUCCAUGCAGCCGUGAGGACCUUGCGGCUCUACGAGUGCGCAGAGUUCCAGGGCCCAGAGAUGGAACCAGUGCAGCUGACCUUGGUUGAGUGGCAGCUGCGCUGCGACCUCUUUGAGGAUGGCACCGCGAUCAAGAGUGUCUUGCAACGGCCAGAGGAUCGGCGGAGGCCUGUCAUCGGGCAGAUUUGUCGGGUUUCGCUCUCCUUGGAGCAGCUUGAGCCCAGGACACUGUUGUGGACCAGAGACUUGCAAUACGAGAUAGUGGAUCUUCCUCCUCCUGAAAGCGAACAUCGCUUCCACGGAGCGCCGCCGGAAGGCUGGAAGCUGCUGGACAAGGCGCUCUUGUCCAUGCGCCGCGGUGAGCGCAGCGAGGUGCGCUGCACGGGUCCUCGCUUGCACGAGGGCGUGGUGCCACUGCCGCUGCUGCCGCUGCCGGAGGGAGACGAACGACGGUGGCUUCUCACCAUGCUCUUGGAGGACUUCAUCGAGACCAGCGAUGCCUCCUUCGAGCAGGACCGCUCGGUGGUGCUGAAAUCCCUCCACAGCCGCGAUGCGAACAUGAGGUGCGAGGCCCUUGGCCGCUGCGAACUGCGGGUCGAGCCGGGCUAUCCAGGACCGCUCUGCGCGCUGUUGGGCACCGGCGAGCUGUGUGACGCCUUGGAGUGCUCGGUGCUGCGGAUGCGCGAGCACGACCUGGCGGAGGUCACGGCGGACGCCAAGCUUUGUGAUUGGCGAGGUGAGAAGUCGGAGUCGGUGACCUUUCAAGUGGAAGUGACCAGCUAUCUUCCGGGCGACUGGGAGCAUGCUCGCGGUGAUGAAGAGAAGUUGGAGGUCUUAGCGCGUCGAAAAGACGCGGCUGUGGGGCUCCUGAAGACUGGUCGCUAUGGCCUCGCUGCCUUUCACUUCCGCGAGAUCGCACUGCGCUUGGGAUACAUCGACGACUUCCGGGGGCUCAAGGCCGGCGAGGCGCGGGCCGCCCAAGUGCGGGAACUGAAAGAAGCAUGCUGGUUGAACCGAGCUCUUUGCUUGAUCAAGGCUUCAAACUUCAAGGGUGCCCAGGACGCCUGCGACCAGGCGCUCGAGUUCACCAGCGGCGAUCGCAGGGCCAAGGCCUACCUACGUCGAGCACAGGCAAAGUUAGGCUUGGAUGAUUGCGCUGCGGCACUCCAGGACUGCCUUUGCGUCGACGGCGAGUGUGCCAGAGAAGCGCAGCAGGUGGCCCUACAGGCCGCGCGGCGUCAGAAGCUCUUGGACGCUGAAGCCAAGCCCUUGGCGGCGAGGAUGUGUUCCGCCUUGGGGCAGCUACCACACCCUUUGGAUGUGGACUGAAAAGACGGGAUUUUUCUGACGCGAAGAAACGAAGACCCGUGAAGACACGGAGAGACACGAAGACGCGAAGCAACGAAGACCCAUGAAGGCUUCAAGGUUUCAAGGCGUCAGUGCGUCUGCAGGGAUUCAAGGCUUAGCGGAAAGUCACCCGGGAUUGCCAACACACUG